CGAACGCGCCCGCGGCCCAGGAGAGGCGGGGCGAGGGCGGGGCCGCGGCGGGCAGGUAGGCGGAGCCCGGGGGGCUUCCGCGCUCCUCCUCGGAAGACGCUCUUUCCAGGCGGCGCCCCCGCGUGAUUGCGCUUUACAUAAUCGCGGCCUCGAGCGUCACAGUGGCGUAGUCCCACCCAGACCGAAUCAGAGCCGUCGGGAACUCCACGCCCCGUCCCCUCCCGCGUGAUCGACGUCCACGCGAGCCAACGAACGGCCUCUGAGCACCGGAGAGCCCGCCCCCGCGCCCGCCCUCGCCCGCCCGCCCGCCCUCCGCAGCCCGCGGGCCGGCCGCCGCCGCCAGGUUGUGCCUGAGACUGUCAGAUAAAGCGGCGGGCCGGCGGGAGGGGCGGCGGCGAGUACGGCCCGGGCCGGACAUGGCGGCCCUCUACGCCUGCACCAAGUGCCACCAGCGCUUCCCCUUCGAGGCGCUGUCUCAGGGGCAGCAGCUGUGCAAGGAGUGCCGGAUUGCCCACCCUGUUGUGAAGUGCACCUACUGCAGGACUGAGUACCAGCAGGAGAGUAAAACCAACACAAUAUGCAAGAAGUGUGCUCAGAAUGUACAGUUGUAUGGAACGNNUAAGCCUUGUCAGUAUUGCAACAUAAUUGCUGCAUUUAUUGGGAAUAAAUGCCAGCGCUGCACAAAUUCAGAGAAGAAGUAUGGACCCCCAUAUUCCUGUGAACAGUGCAAGCAACAGUGUGCAUUUGACAGGAAGGAUGAUCGAAAGAAGGUGGAUGGGAAGCUACUGUGCUGGCUGUGCACACUGUCAUACAAGCGUGUCCUUCAGAAGACCAAAGAGCAGAGGAGGCACCUGAGCAGCUCUUCUCGAGGCGGUCAUCAGGAGAAGGAGCAGUACAGCCGCCUGAGUGCUGGCAGCCAUUACAGCAGCCAGAAAACACUUUCUACAUCUUCAAUUCAAAAUGAAAUCCCAAAGAAAAAAUCCAAGUUUGAGUCAAUCACAACUAACGGAGACAGCUUUUCCCCAGACCUGGCUCUGGAUUCACCAGGCACUGACCAUUUUGUCAUCAUUGCUCAGCUGAAGGAAGAGGUGGCCACUCUGAAGAAGAUGUUGCAUCAGAAGGAUCAAAUGAUCUUAGAGAAAGAGAAGAAGAUCACAGAGCUGAAGGCUGAUUUUCAGUACCAGGAGUCUCAGACUCGGGCGAAAAUGAACCAAAUGGAGAAAACCCACAAGGAGGUCACAGAGCAACUGCAGGCCAAAAACCGAGAGCUUCUGAAACAGGCAGCUGCCUUGUCCAAGAGCAAGAAGUCUGAGAAGUCAGGCACCAUAACGUCUCCGUGAAGACCUCAAGAAGGCUCCCAGCAGCAGCAGCCAGUGCUCCCGAGUCAGGGUUGGCCACCUGGCUGUGUCCUGGGAAUUGUGCUUUCCUACAAGAUCUCUAUUUUCUUACCUUACCCCUCUUUGUUUGGAUGUAGUGGGCUGAAUGGAAACACCUGGUCUGUGCCCUGUUAUGGCUGCAUGCUGAGCGGUUAGGGUUCCAGACCUCCUCCUUUCCUCCUCCCGUUCCCCCUCCCCUGUGCUCCUCCCCUUCUCUGUUUAGUUUCCAUAGUUUUCAUAGUGGUCACUGCUCUGUGUCAUGUGCAGAGUGUCUGUCCACCAUCACACCUGCCAUCCCCACGAGCAAGUAGCGUGUCGUCAGCUGUACAUCACUGCCACCCCCGAACCUCGAAAACUGCCACCUUGAGACUUUGUGCAGUGAGGGAGGCUUUUUCUCACCAAUAAACCUUUUGCUUCAGGGUAUACUCUUGGGUUUUUUCCAGGUAUAUUAUGUAUGACCUUUGUACUAUGUAUAGACAGAGUUUUAUUUAUUUUUUAAAAAGGAAACCUUUUCUUGAUAAAAGAAUGAUGGUAGCCUAGCUAGUUCUUGUAAAAGUGAUGCCUCUUUGAAAAAAGAAAAAAUAUCUAGUCCCAUUUGCAAGCUUUUAGUAAAAGAAUCCAAUCUUUUCUUUCUCAUUACCUUAGAGCCUUGAUGCUAAGGUAACUGUUGGAGGCAUAAGUGUGGAGCUAAGUGCCUUUUGGAGGAUCCCAUGGAAGAGCGCCUGAGGAGACGCUUAAGGAAGGUUGCUGAGUUUGGCCAGUCUGUCUUUAAGUAGGGCAGAAAGACGGUUGUCCAGGUUGUACUGGACGCUUCCUCCUCUACCUACCCCCUCCUCCUCCUUCUACAUAAUUUAAAUUCCCACACUGCCACUUCUUUUUUAAAAAUAUUCCUGUUUCUUGCUAUAUCAGCUGUCAUACCAGGUUGUUAUCAAGACAUGGUUUUUGUUUUGCUUUGUUUUUUAACAUGAGCAGAUUCAAACGGGAUAAGAUUUGAACUACUUGUGUGUUUCCGAGGGUUGGCAUGGGUUGCUUAGGUGCGGGCUAUACGGUGGGGAGAACCUCACUGUACCUUCCUUUCUCUCCACCUCAUCUGUGUGCUCCCUGUUCUUAAUGGAAUGUUCAGAAAGCACAUGCUUCUGGGAGCCGAAGGGUAUGCCCUUCUUCCUGUCUGACCCGGUAGGUGUGGGAAGGAGCUGCAUUCCUCCAUCUUUAUGAAAGAAACCAGAGAUGGGUGGCAUGUGCUGGGACACAGAGAAACCCUGCAGUGAGUGCCAACAGUGCUGGAGCUAGAGCGGAUCCUGAUGGCAGUGACGCUGGGACAGUCAGGGUCAUGGUUCACCUGCUCUGUAGUCUGGGAUCACAUUCUCCAAAGAGAGGCCUGCAUACAGGUGAGCAGAGGUCCGGACGCGAGUGGCUCUUCCUGACAGGAGAUUGGAAGGACCAUGUUUGUGUAUCACUGUGGUAGGGAAUACAGUUUUCCCUCCUAAGCAGGGAAAACUGCCGUGCUGAUCAUUUUGUAACUGUCUGAAUGAGAAACUUCUAGGUAAAACUCUCAUUCAUUAUUUUUCAGAUGCAUUUGCAUU